UCGCGCUCAUAUCGCGGGUUACCGAAUGCGUCGUCCUCACAGGCGGAAGUGAAAGUGCAGAAAGCGUUCAUAUUUUCUUCCUCUGAUGGUGAUUAACUCGCAAUAACAGCAUAUAAAGAGGCUUUCUGAACAGCGUCGCCAAUAUGUCUGUCGCAAACCCGAAACAAACAAUAAUGAAUCCACCGAUACCUUACGCUGGGACCAUCCUGGGCGGACUUCAGCCCGGAGAGAUGGUGCUCGUGCAGGGCAGUGCACCCAGUGACUCUGACAGAUUUCAGGUUGACCUGACCUGCGGGAGCAGCAUGAAGCCUCGGGCAGACGUGGCCUUUCAUUUUAAUCCUCGCUUCAAGCGGUCUCCCUACAUCGUCUGUAACACACUGCAGAAGGAGCGCUGGGGAAAAGAGGAGAUCCACUACCUGAUGCCCUUCAGACACGGCGCUGCCUUCGAGAUCAUCAUACUUGUGCAGAAAGAUUUGUUCAAGAGCUCCAUAACACCUUCAAAUGCAGUUGCAAGCAAAAGAACACAGCCUUAUUCAGUCAUGUCGGAGUCAGGUGACACGAGUCUUCCAUUUAAGAGCAAACUUGCGAAAGGAUUGAGUCCAGGAGAUUCCAUUAUGGUGAAGGGGCAGAUCUCUGGUUCCCCAGAGAGAUUCUCUGUAAACCUGCGCAUCAGUAACUCCGAGGACAUUGCUUUACACUUAAACCCUCGUUUCAAAACUGGUUCCUUCAUUCGAAACUCUUUCCUGUCUGGUUGUUGGGGGGUUGAGGAGACUUCCCUCCCCAGCUUUCCCUUCUCACCCGGUCAAUACUUUGAGAUGAUCAUCCUGUGUGAAGCUCAGGAGUUUAAAGUGGCAGUAAACGGGUUCCACCAGCUGAGUUACAAGCAUCGUGUGCAGGAUCUAAGUUGUGUGGAUGUGAUAGCGAUUGUGGGAGAUCUAGAGCUGAAGGAUGUCAAGAUUUGGUGAGCAGCUCCAGCCAUGAAGACCAUUCCUGUGUUUUCUCCAACCAAGUAUAUUUAAUCAACCUGAGACUCCUGCGACUGAAGCAAAUCUAAACUAUUUGAACUAACUUAUUCAAGUUAGAAUUUGAAUAUAAUUUGAAUCUGGCUGAACAUUAUACUCGAACAAUUAGCACAUUUGAACUUUUAUUCUUUGUUGUUUUGUUUGCUUGUUUAAGUGUUGAAUUUCAGCUCUAACUAUAAUUUUGAUAAGGUGAGUUGAAUGGCAAGUUCCACUGCAUAGGCAGGAAGAAGUUAACAGCCCAUGACUAAGAUAAACCCCAUUUGCUGAAUAUUAGUUGAGGAGAUCUGGAGAUGAUCUGAACUUGAGCCUGAUUGAGGUGGAGACGACUCCACAACUUCUUGUGUGGAACACGAAAACUAAACAUGGGUCAAAUACAGUUGAGGACCCCGGACAUGACAGAUGGAUGGAAAAAAGAUACCAUCUGGCAGGAUGUUAAUGGUUGUGCGACAGUAAUUUUACUGUCCGUCGAGCCAUUUGUUUUCAGAAUAAUUCCAAGCUAAUUCCAGGCAUUUGGAAAAUUAUCGAUUGCAGCUUUAAAUUUCACACUGUUAGGCCAGAAACAGGGCUGAUAAGCAUACCCAUCCAUAAACCUUAUCGUAAAACCUUUCUUAAAACAUUUCAAUUUCCUUUCUGCAGGAGGUGUAAUUUUUACACCAGACAAGCAGAUAAUUUGCUAAUGCAAGGCCUUCACUAAUGAAUUUGACUUGGCAUGAUGACCCUAUACGAAUAUCAAACCAAUAAUCAUGUUCACCAUUAGGUUCCAGAACUAAAGAUAAGCAAUUUUUUAUUUAUAGUUUAUAGCAGAACUAU